AUGAUGCUUUUUGGUUUUAUUUUACCAGCACUGAGACAACAGCAACAAACGAAUGUAGAAGAAACACUCCUCAACGAGGAAGAAAGCAACGACACGGGUAUGGAAGGAAUACCAGAAAUUAUUGUAUUACACGGUGAUACGGGUGAAAAGGAUCGAAAUGCUGCCGUAUCAUCAGAUGAAAAAAAAUCAGUGAAUACACUUCAAAACGAUGUGGAUGGUGUGCAGGCAUGUCGAAUACCGAAGUUGGACAUAAACGGAAGUGAAGUGAUCGGAUUUUUCAGUGAUCCUGAACCGCUGAAUUGUGACAAAAAUAAUGAAGCUAACUGGGCGUAUGUGGACGAUGAUCGUCGUUUUCAGAUAUCACCUAAAGCUGUUGAGCUGCAUGGCGAUAUAAAAUGUGCAAUAUCGUACUUUCGUCGUAUAGAUGAUGAUAAUUUAGAGACAGAUGAGUUGGUUGCCAUUCAGGCCGGUGAUCUGAUCACCAGCAGUGAUUACUCUGUGUUCAGACUUUCCAUAUGUAAAAUUUUAGGUUUUGAUUCACUAUCGCAAAUGUCGUUUAGAAGAAAACUUCCACUGACAGUUAAAUACGUUGAGGAAACGCUGGAGGCAGUUGUAUUGGAUGGCUACAAUAUUGUUGGCGAUGGUACUCCUCAAGCGUUUAUACCUAUUCUGACUGGUCAAACUGAAGAAGAGCUGCCGUUGACGAGAAAACGUUUCAAGGGUGCGCAUUACGUGGACGAAGUUUAUCCAUUUGUAUGGCAAAAUUUCUCCGAUGCAGGUUACAUCACUUUAUAUGGUGAGGAUGCUGCUGCUGUUGGCACGUUCACCUACCGCCUCAAGGGUUUCAAGAAGCAACCAACUGAUCACUAUACUCGUACAUUCUUCCAAAAAGCCGAAAAGAUGUUGAAAUCAAUGAAUUGCGUCGGAUCCGUGCCACUUCAUAAGGAUUGGUUCCGUUAUACGAGCGAAUUUAUGCAUCGAUAUAAUGCAACAACACCGAAAUUUAUGCUGGCAUUUCACAGUUUGUUGAGUCAUGACAACAUUAAUUUGGUACAAGUUGCUGAUGCGGAUACGGCCGAACAUUUGAAGAAUCUGCACGAAUCGGGUGCAUUAGAUAAUGCAGUGGUGAUAGCGAUGGCCGAUCAUGGACAUCGAUUUGCACAAUUUCGUGGCACACAUCAAGGACAGUUAGAAGAACGUCUUCCAUUUUUUGCUAUAUCGCUGCCGAAGAAAUUCCGAGAAAGUGAACGUGGUCGUUUGGCGUGGAAAAAUCUAAACGACAAUAAGGACAGAUUAACAACGCCGUUUGAUAUACAUGCAACAUUAUUGGACAUUUUGCAUUGGCCCACCGAAAAAGCGUUGCAAACGAUGGGCAGUACAUCGCAACGGUCGCUAUCUUUGUUUAGACCUGUACCUAUUUCGAGAACAUGUGAUCAGGCUGGUAUUGAACCACAUUGGUGUACGUGCUUGAAUUGGGAGUCGGCAAUGGAUACACCGGAGCAAGUAAAUAUAACAAAUCUGUUGGCGAAAGCCGUCGUGCAAGCGUUAAAUGCAUUCACAAAACCUGAACGCAAGCUAUGCGCUCCGCUCAGAUUGGCAAGAGUGGAAAGCUCACGACGGUUAGUGCCUCAUUCGACCUUGCUGAAAUACAAAAACGCUAAAGAUGCAGACGGAUUUGUGCCAGAUUUGGCCGGUGAUACGAAGACGGCUUUUGCUCACUAUCAGUUCAAAUUUGUAACGCAACCAGGCGGUGCUGUUUAUGAGGUGACGGUCAAGUACGAUUUACACGCGAACAAGGUGACAGUGGAUAUGGCGACAAUAAGCCACGUAAACAAAUACGGUGAUGCGCCGCAUUGUAUUAUCGAUAAAAACUAUUUUAUGGCCACUUACUAUGGCACUGCUGUGCCAUGUUCGAGCUCAGCGUCUCAUUGUGAUUUCGUCUUUGCGAUGCCCUUCGGCGUUCGAAAACAACUGAGUAGUAUACUCGAUCCUGGAAAUUCAUGGGAACCGCUUGCGGCUCUGAUGCCCGAUAUCAACAAUGAUGAUGUGGAGGCAUGUCGACGGGCACGCGAUUCCGAGAGUCCCACUGAGAUUCUGCUAAGUAUUUGGGGUUCGAAAGGUAAUCGAAUAACACUGCUCUAUAAUCUGCUGGCAAGAGCCCGACUUGUGCGCGCCAUGGAGGCGGUUCGUCAUCUUGUCGAUUCCAAGUAUCACCAUUGGGAAGUGGAAUGCGUGCGUUCUGGAACGCUCAUCUCAGCUACGACCUCGAAAGGGUCAUCAGAAGCGUUGCGUAACCAAGCGCAUCUCUCGACUGCAACAAGACUCUCUGCUGAUCAACAUUCAUCUCCGAACGUUAUUUCUGCCGUAGCAGCAGUUUCUUCAAAACAACAGCAGCCAGCGCAAAAUUUAUCCAGUGCUACCUCAGCUACCAGUUAUAUGUAUUGUGCACUGACACAUAUUCCACUUCACAGUGCCACGUCUGAAUCAAACGAUCUGCUGAUUGGCCUUCAAAACACUACACUUGUACGUUAUGAAGAGAUUACGAUUGCAACUGAUCACUUCGCAUCUGAAAAUUUCCUAGGAAAAGGAGGUUAUGGAGUCGUAUAUAAAGGCAACUGGAAACACACUCAGGUUGCUGUGAAAUGUAUUAAAGCGAAGAAUGAUGCUGGCAUUGAGCAUGACAAAGAACGUCUCCGGCAGAGUUUACAGGAGUUACGAACAUUAGCCAAAUAUCGACACGAUAAUAUUCUACCGUUGUAUGGAUACUCACUAGAUGGCCCUAUACCGUGUCUCAUCUAUCAGUUCAUGGCGAAUGGUUCACUUGAGGAUCGAAUUCUUUGCCGGAAAGGAACCACACCGUUAACAUGGUCACAACGAAGAAAUAUCGCUGAAGGUUCAGCACGAGGUCUACAUUUUUUGCAUUCCGUUGCACGCACACCGAUCAUUCAUGGCGAUGUUAAAUCGGCGAAUAUUUUAUUGGAUAAACAUCUUGAGCCGAAAUUGGGUGAUUUUGGCUUGUGUAGAGAUGGUCAGGUGGAAACGGGUCCUGGUGAGAAGACCCCUUUAAUUGCUUCACAUAUCAAAGGAACACUGGCUUAUUUACCUCCAGAAUUUAUAACAAGCAAGAUUUUAACGACGAAACUUGACGUGUACAGUUUUGGCGUUGUUCUACUGGAGAUAGCCACUGGUCUGCGAGCUUACGUAGACAACAAGCAUGAGCCGCAAAGCGUCGUCGACUACGUCACAAACGUACAAGCUCGUGUGCAUGGCGAUUCGACGAGACUUAUCGAUGAACUCGCCGAUCGCCGCUGUCCACCAACUGAUCAGCCUCAUUCAAACUGGUUCCUGCAGUUCAUAAAACUUGGUUUGCAAUGUUCCCAAAAGGAUCGCGAUCUACGACCGACAUUUCAAACGAUUUUGAGUCAUCUUGUUGUUUAA